AUGAUACUACUCAUUGUUUUAGUUUAUACAACUCAUCAAACUCUCAUUUAUUAAUUUCAUGCAAAUUCUGCCAUAAGAGAUGGUAAUUUCUUAUUAUUUUUAUUUUAGAAUGGCAAGAUUAUUAUAAUUAUGUUAAUUUCAAUACUUGUGGAGGGAUUCAAUAUUUUGGGAAAUCUACUAGUGGUUAAAGUUAUAUUAGCAGAAUAUUUUUAGAUCUAGAACCUCAUUCUCAUAUUAUCGUGGAUGCAGAAUAUCUUAAGUAAUUAUAUUCUUAAUUACAAAAGUAUUGAUAACAAUUAUUAACCUUUUUUUUAUAUAGAUGAACAAUAAAUCAAUUAUUAGUCAGUGAUAUCAUCAUCUUAACUUUGUGGCAAUAUACAACUUGAUUAUAUAAAUACUAUUUCUAUCAUUCGUUAAAAUAAUAGAAGAACUGUUUGGAUGUAUCUAUAAUAAUUUAAUGCAGGAGGAUUAAUAUCAUUGAGAUUAAGUAUCAUUAAAUGUUAGUAUGAAUGUGCUGAAUGCAUAGAGAAUUAUCAUACAUUUUGUUUAUAAUGGAAAUUGCAUUAAUAUUCAUUUAAUUAGAAAUUGAUCACAAACUCUGAUGGAUGGACUUUUGUAUAAUCUUAUAAUUAUAUUAAUUAUUUCUCUUGUGGAUAUUGCUAAUUGUUGUAAUUUAAAGAAAUUAAAUAUUCUACUGAAUUACCUCCUCAUUAAGAUGUAUUAAUAAGAUUUUUUAAAUAUUGGAAUACUAUUAUAGUAGUAGACUAUUUAUAUGGUAAAUACUCAAUUAGUUCUAGCAAUUAAUAAAUAGAAAUAUUAAUAAGAAAUCAUAAUGAUCCUAUAUUAUUGUUAAAUAUUAAAACCUAAAUAGAUUCAUAAUAUAGUGUAAUAAGAGAUUUUGAAAUAUUUUACACUUAAACAGAAAUAAUGUUUAAUAAUUUGAAUGAAGGUUGUUUAGAGUAAAUUGAUGAUAAAUGUCUAAUUUGUUAAGAAGGUUGGAUUUAUGAUGAAUUUUUAGAACAUUGUUAUCCAACUUGUGGUGAUGGAAUCAUUCAAGGCUAAGAAUAAUGUGAUCAUGGUAAUCUAAUAUCAAAUAAUUCUUGUUAUUUAUGCUAAUAUUCAUGUAUACAAUUUUGUUCAAUUUGUUAAUUUGGAAUUUGUUUACAAUGUUAAGAUGGAUUUGUUAUUAAUGCUAAUUUUAAUUGUGAGCCUUUAUGUGGGGAUGGUAAUUUAAUUCCUUAUUCAACUGAAUAAUGUGAACUGGCAGUUAAUGGGGUAUGGGAUGAUUGUUAGGAAUGCAGAUUUGUAUCAAUUUAAAAUUGUAAAACCAACUACUUUACAAUUUGCUUAGAAUGUGAAGUUGGAUUUUAAAUCUAAGACAAUAUGUGUUUACCUUAUUGUGGAGAUAAAUUAAUACUUGAUUAAUAUGAGGAUUGUGAUGAUGGUAAUUUGCAACCUUAUGAUGGUUGUUUUAAUUGCAAAUUUCAAUGCAUUGAAGAUUGCAACAUAUGUGAACGAGGAUAAUGCAUUUUAAGAUGUGAAGAUGGAUACGAAUUUUUUAAUAAUAGUUGUCUUUCUGUUUGUGGUGAUCUAAUUAUUACAAAAGAAGAGGAUUGUGAUGAUGGUAAUUUGCAACCUUAUGAUGGUUGUUUUAAUUGCAAGUAUUCUUGCCCAUAAAAUUGCUUUGAUUGCUAUUAAGGUACUUGUUUAGAGUGCAAUUACCAAUACUAAUUACUUAUUUCAAAUCAAUGCUAAUAGUAAUAAAAUUGUGGAGAUGGAUUGCUUUAGGAAUAAGAGGAUUGUGAUGAUGGAAAUUAUUAAGCAGUGGAUGGAUGCAAGGAUUGUUUAAUUGAAUAAAAUUGGAUAUGCAUUACUAUGACAAGAGAUUCUCUAAGCUUAUGCACAUUUGUCAAAGCUCCAAACUUAGUGAUUAAUUAUCUCAAUAUGACUUAAAAUAAAUAGUAUAUUAGUAUCUAAUUUAAUUAAAAAGUAAAAAUUUACACAGCUUAACCUUUAUCAGAAACUAUAAAUUUUCAAAUAUUAAAUAUAGAAAAGAAGAACUGGAAUAGCAGCUUAUAUAUUAUAUAGGAUGUUGGAUCAGAUGUAAAUUUUGGAGAAUUUAUUGUCUAAAUAGAAAUAUCAUAAUUACUUGAAUUUAGACCAGUCUUGAAAAUUAAAGUAAAUUAGACUGUGGCUAAUAUAGAUGAUGCUGUGUUGGAUAAUUUUGAAAAAACAAUAACAUUGCAAUAUCCAAAAUUUCUUGAUGAGAAACAGAAUGAUUAUUCUUAAAAUUUGAAAAAUCUUAAUAAAUUUAUAAUUUAUAGUUUGUCUGGAAUUACUGGUAUAAGUCUUCUAUUAGGAAGUGGGGAUUUGUUUAUUGAAAUUAUAGCAAUUCUUUAAUUCUAAUAAUACUUAAGAUACAUUAACCUGAAUUAUCCAGGAAAUUUAGAGAUUUAUUUUACUGUCAAUGAUAUGAUAACUAUUCAACCUUUACUUGAUUUCAUCUAUUUCCCUCAACUUUUACUGUUUAUUGAUAUUUAGUAAAAUUAAGAAUAUUCUGAUGGAAAAUUUAAUGUGUACAAAUAAAGCUCUAACUUGAUCAUCAAUCUUUCAAGCCAAAUAUUUCAAUUCUUAGUAUUUUUAUUCAUUAUUUUGUUAUUUCAAUUUAUUAAAAAGGUGUUAUACAAUUGGAUAUUUUGUUCUAGGUACUUUUACUAUAUGUCAUCAUUAUCAUUAUAUAUAAAUCCAAAAGUAAUUUUUAAGUUUAGUUAAUCCUUUUAUAAAAUUUGCAUGGAAUUACUUAAAUUGAAAAGAUUUAUGUCUUUUUAAGGAUUAUAAAAAGCCUUAUUUCUAAAUGGUUGGGAUAUAAUAUUUAAAACAUUAUUGUAUACACGAAACAUUUAAACCAAAAAUUACAUAGAUAUUGUACAAAUUAUAAUAGCAAGCAUAAUACUUAUCCUUUAUUUUACCAUUUUCAUAAAUUUUUUUAAAAGUAAAUAAAAAUUAUCAAAGAAGAACAGCUACUAAAUUUUUGAAACACUAAAUUUUGGUAGAUAAUUUUUCUUUUUAUUAUUUUUGAUUUAUGUUUAAAGUUCCCAAAUACUUUAAUUAGGAUUACUCCUUAUGACAAGUAUACUUUAGAUUAGAUUCCUAUAUAAUUAUCGCUGUCUUUUUAAUAAAAAAUAUUACAUUGUUUAAAUGGUGGUUGAGAUAUCGGUAUUAACUUUUAUAAUUAGUUCAUUCUUAUACAUCUAAGAGUGUAAUGAAUUUUUUAAUGAAUAGAAAAAAAUUUUAUUAGGAUGGAUUCAAGCAAUCAUACUAUCUUCUGGAAUAAUUAUAGAACUAAUUUGGGUCUGCAAGGAUUUACUAUAAAAAUUAAUAUAGAAUUGCAGAAGAUAAUCAUAAAUUGUGAAGAAUCCAUUAUUUUCAUGA